AUGAAGGGGGAGAAGAACAGGCCGCUCUGGGGUUGCGGGUGGGAGGAGAAGGUAAAGGCACCUGAGCGGGAGGGAAGGAGGGAAGGGGAGUGGGCAGAGGGCAAGAGCUGGUGCUGCUGGUGCUGCUGGGGGGGGGGGGCGGCUGCUGCUGCUGCUCUGGGCUGGAGGCACUGCGCGGGCACUCGAGCGCAGGACCGCCCGGGACGAGGGCUGCCAUCUGUCAGAUCGUCCUCCCGCCCUCUUUCUCCGGCUCGAUUAUUUUCAGGGAAACCAUGGACAGCAGUCGAGCACACGACCGCGGCGGCAAAGUAUCGACUCACCUUUCCCCACACCCGCACGAGACGUAGCAACCUCGCCGUACCAGUUCUACGAGCUUCUGCCAGCGCAUGGCAGCGAGCCGUUUCCCGUGGAUGA